CUGGAAAGGACUGAGAAAGAGGGCUGGAUUGUUUAAUACAGUAACAUUUGUUAGAUUUACAGCACUCAUGACUGUUUCUUCGUACAGAUCCUGAUCUCUGUGUUGAUUUGACCUAGAUCUUCAAAUUUAUAAAUACUUUGAGGCGGCGAAGAAGUUAUCGCGAUUUGUUUGUAGAUGCUUGUGGGCGAUUGAAAAUGAAACUGAUUAAUGAAACGAGUGAUUUAUAAAAAAGAUUUGGAGUUUUGGCGGGACAAAAUUUGGUUGUCCCGCGAACGAACGCAAAGGGUUUGGGGGGUUUUGCAAUUUGCCCUUUUGGGCCUAAAUAGUUAUUAUUCUGGACCCAAAAACAACCCAUUUUACAUAUUCUAUCUCAACAUCCACCCCUUCCCUUUUCGCUCGCAGGUCGCAAACAACACACAUGCCUGAAUUCUUUCUUCAACACCAGGAGACUGAAUAAUUCUAUCUUCUUUUCCCACCGUCAACAUCUCACACCUCAUUUUCGUCUCCGUCAAGAGUAGAAGAAGCCAUCGCAGGUCUUGCUUCUUCAACCCUAAAACUCAUCCACGAUUCCGUCAGAUAAGGUCUAGUACAUGGGAGCUGCAGCAGCGAUUAUCGUCUACGACAUCACUAGCUCGGUACUUUUAUUUAUCUGCUUGCUUCAAAAAGCGCUUGGUGUAUCGGUUCAUUUGGCCUUUUUGAUGAAAUCAUGUUUGAGUUUGUGAUAAAAUUACUUCACAAACAAGAUCAUAUCUGAUAACUUUUAUAACUCAAUCCUUUCUUUUUCACAAGAACAGUAGAACACCACCACCGAAAACAAAUGAUAGUUAGAUUCAUUCAUAUCCCUCUUCAAGCUUCAACCCCUCAAUCAUCCAAACACACAACAAAAACCCACUUCAAACCCCUACAAAACCACCCUUCAAUAACCUCAAAAAAUGGAGUACUCACCGCCAUCGGUCCACCACCGCCGCCUUUGCUCACCACCGACUCCGGCCUUCUUUUCCGUGAAAAGAUUCUUUAUCUCAAAGCCCUAAAAGUAAACCCAACAAAAGCCUUACAAAAAAACCCAGAUUUCCGAUCAACCUCACUCAGAUCCUUAAAAUCUGUGGAGAAUUGUCUUUCUUCAAUGGGAAUAAGACGUCCAGAAUUUGGCCGUAUCUUCGACAUGUACCCUCAGCUUCUCACGUGCGACCCAUACGCCGAUCUUUACCCUGUAUUCGAUUUCUUACUAAACGACGUCGGCCUCCACUUUUUCAACAUUCGCAAAUCGAUACUUCGGUGCCCUAGACUUCUGAUUUGCAGCGUGGAAGAUCAACUGCGGCCCACAUUGUGGUUCUUGAGAAAGUUAGGGUUCGUGGGCCCAAACAGAAUCACGGCCCAAACAACAAUGUUGUUAGUUUCAAGUGUGAAAGGUACACUAAUGCCCAAACUGGAUUACUUGAUGGGGUUAGGGUUUGAGUAUGAUGAUGUGGUUAAUAUGGUGCUGAGGUCACCAGGGUUGUUGACAUUUAGCAUUGAGAACAAUUUUAAGCCCAAAGUUGACUACUUUUUGAAUGAGAUGAAGGGGGAUUUGGGUGAUUUGAAGAGGUUUCCGCAGUAUUUUUCGUAUAGUUUAGAGGGUAAGAUUAUGCGCCGGCAUCGGUUGUUGGUUGAUCAUGGGCUUUCUGUACCGUUGUGGGAAAUGCUGAUGGUUAGUGAUGGAGAGUUUACUGCUCGGUUAAUUGAGGCGAGGCUUCGGUUAGGUGACAAAAUGCUAUAGCAGUUAUGCAUUUUUGUUCUUUCUCCUAUGUUUUGUGAUAUAUGUUAUUACUUGAUAGCUAAGUGGCAGUUUUAUGUCAAAUGAAGCUCAUUGUUAUCGACUAAUUGUUCUUGUAGCAUAUAGCAAGUGAUACAAUGUUUAUACUUGAUAGCUAAAGUGGCAGUUUGAUAGCAAAUGAAGCUCAUUGUUAUCGACUUAUUGUUCUUGUAGCACAUAGUAAGUAAUCGUACGUUCUUGAUACAAUGUUUAUAUAUUCAAUAAAGUUUUGGUUUUUUACUU